AUGACCCGAGUUUGGCUUCAUCUGAUCUGUUUUGUUCAGGUCGUACACUUGUUCAUCUUCGAGCCAGAACAACAUAUCCACCCUAACGUCUCUAUAGUGACGACAACAUGCGGUCAGGUGAUGGGACUCCACAACGGUAACGGGUACUCUUAUAAAAGCAUACCUUAUGCCCGUCCUCCAACUGGAAGUCGACGUUGGCAGCCUCCUGAACCUCUCAACCAAUCAGAUGGGACCUGUUGGUCUGGUACGUAUAACGCGACAACAUUCCUUUCCCAGUGUGUACAGUUAAACGACGAUGCCACUGGCGUUGUCGGUACGGAGGACUGUCUCCACUUGAACGUGUGGUCCCCUUCCGUUGGCCCCACGGAAAGACUUCCGGUCAUGGUGUUCGUCCACGGAGGCAAUCUGGAAUACGGCAGUAGUCAUGACGAGUCAUACUCUCCCACAGAGGAAUUGGCACGUGACACACAGGUAGUGUAUGUUAGCAUGAACUAUCGUCUACAGGCGUUCGGGUUUAUGGCGCUGGAUAUCUUAUCACAGAACUCAAAAACCAACACUUCGGGCAACUACGGUUUCUUGGACCAGAUACUGGCCUUGCAAUGGGUUCAGGAAAACAUUGUCAACUUCGGAGGUGAUCCCAAAAAGGUGACAUUAUUCGGUCAGAGUGGAGGAGCCACCGCCGUGAUCGCCCUAGUUACAUCGCCUCUAUCCAGGAAUCUGUUCUCCAAAGCCUGGAUUCUCAGCGGAUCACCCAUAUUUACCACGAGCUUGGCCCAGGCUUCCCGCGACAACCUUAGCUUCCUAAAUAACACCGGAUGUACUAAUAUCACGUGUCUCCAACAGCUGUCUGCUUUAGAGGUGACCAAGGCAGUCGAGUGGGAGUCCUUUCCUAACUGGCACCAGAACGACCAGUAUAUACUGCCAAAACGAGGCGUUCAUGAUGGCGCACUUCCGGUUAUAGAUGGUAUUUAUCACGUUCUUUAG